AUGUCACUGAAAGAUACGUGAUCGAUGCCCUGUUUUAUUAUUUUUCUUCGCAAGUGCACGUUUGUCAAUCACAUUCAAUAUCGUGAGAUAUAAUUUUAUGUUUCUUAAAAAUCAAUUGUUAGAGUAUUCCCUUACAAAUGGCGGAUAAGGCUAUGAUGAAGCAAAUCGCAGAACAAAAGCUCAAAGCUUUUUCUAUCGGUACUAUGGGUAAACGACCAUUGAGUAAGAAAGAAUUGGAAGAACAACGUAAAAAAGAACAGGAGCAAGCUGCGGCUCAGGCAUUUGAGGAAUUUGUAGCGACAUUUCAGGAGACACCCAGUAAAACAACUAGUAAAGUUUGGGUUAAAGCAGGGACGUAUGAUGCUGGAAAAAGACAGGAAGACACGAGAGAGAAAGGAAAACUUUAUAAGCCACAAUCAAAAAUCUCAGAAUUAGUUGAUAACAGAUCGUCAGCUGAACAAGCUCAAGAGUAUGCAAGAUUACUUGGAACAAACGAACGAAAAUUAGAUAGGCUUGGCAAGAAGAAGAAAGAGGGUGAGAAGAAGAAGAGUAAUCUUGAAUUAUUCAAAGAGGAAUUGAAAAUGAUCCAAGAAGAACGAGAGGAGAGGCACAAGUAUAAGGGUGUGGUGAAAACUGUAAUAUCUGCACAAUCCGAGGAUCCAAUGUUGGCUGCUUUAAAAUGUGUGGAAGAUGGUUCAUUUGACAACGGUGAUCCAAAUACUACAAACUUGUACUUGGGAAAUUUAAAUCCAAAGAUCACAGAGCAACAAUUGAUGGAGAUAUUUGGCAAGUAUGGUCCAUUGGCUAGUAUAAAAAUAAUGUGGCCGCGUAGUGAUGAAGAGAAAGCUAGACAAAGAAAUUGUGGUUUCGUUGCAUUCAUGAGUCGCAAGGAUGGAGAACGUGCGUUGAAAAAUCUUAAUGGUCGUGACAUAAUGCAAUACGAGAUGAAAUUAGGCUGGGGGAAAAGCGUACCAAUUCCGCCUUAUCCUAUUUACAUUCCACCUGCUUUGAUGGAGAUCACGCAGCCACCACCUCCGUCUGGUCUUCCAUUUAACGCUCAACCACACCGACGUGACAGACACAAGAUACCACGUAUCCGCAACCUUCAGAGCGCGGACCCGCAGGAGAAGGAAAACUUUGAAAAGGUUUUGCAGAACGCUGUUGUCAAAGUGGUUAUACCAACGGAAAGGAAUUUAGUCAUGUUAAUACAUAGAAUGGUGGAAUUUGUAAUUCGAGAAGGACCAAUGUUUGAAGCAAUGAUUAUGAACAGAGAAUUAAAUAAUCCAAUGUUCAGGUACAUACAUCCAUAUAUAUUAUGCUUAGUGGAUGAAGAUAUUGAUGGCGUUCCAAUGGAUGAUGAUGAUAGCACAAAUGUGCGAAAUAAGGAUGACGAAAAAAAAUCAGCAAUGCCAGCUGGAUUCGUUCCUUCGCGAUGGGAAACUGUCGAUCCUGAUCAGGUCGAGGCACAGGCAAUGACCACUAGUAAAUGGGAAGAAUUAGGUCAGAAUGAAGAUUCCAAUUCUCAAGAUACUAGUAUGGAUUCCAGUGGUAGAGAUUACAACGAAGAAAGACGAAACAGAUUACGUGAGAUUGAGGUAAAAAUCAUGCAGUAUCAAGAUGAAUUGGAAAGUGGUAGGAGGACAUUGAAGUCUGGUAUGACAAUACAGGUUCAAGUAGAACAUUAUAGAAAGAAACUUAUAAGAAAGAGCGAAAGGGAAAUGAAGGAUGCCAAAAGCGAAGAACGAGAUGAGGAGAAACGACGGGAGAAGAAACGAAGCCGAAGUACAACGCCGGAAUCUCCCAGUCACAGCUAUAGAGAUCGAAGGCGGUCGUCAAGUCCAUCGACAAAAGUCACAAGAUAUAGACAACAGUCACUCACCACUAGUAGAUUCUUCCUCAACUUCUUCUUCUUCAGAUUCGCUAUCUGUAUCGUUUAUAUUUUCUUCUUCAGUUUCUUCUCCUUCUAUCUGAUGAAAAAGAAUAUGACAAAGCUUACUAACAUAUCAUGUCAACAGAUCGUCGACAGAAACAAAACAAAGCGGCAGACUGCUGGUCUAGAAUGUCAACAGGUUCUGUCAGAACGCUCUUCCUCCACUUCUUUCCCUUCCCCCUCUUCUUCUUCUUCCUCUUCCACUUCUUCACUUACUUCCGAUUUUUCUUCCGGUUCGUACGAUGCACCGCCAUGAUUAGAUGGCGAAUCAUCUACCCAGCCUUCAAA